CCCGACCGCCGGGGCGCCGCUGGGCCUCCGCUCCGCGUCCACUCAUAUUUCAUGUCUGCCCUUCAUUUCCACGUACAGCAUUUGUAAACCGUGCCGUCGCUGAGACAGAAGGCUGACAAGUGGAGGAGAGUGUAUCGUACAUUGAAGUUCUUCUUGAGUGGUGAGCAGCACUCAGGCACAGAGACAGGUGUUUUAAACAAAGUGGUAGCAAACAAUUUAUUGUGAGAAGAAGACUGAUCUAAUUGGUACAUUUGAAGCAACCCAGGAAUAGCUGGUGCCACGGAAAAGUUGAUGAUGAAUCCAAGACAGUCUGCCAAGAUUGUGAGAGCACAGAAUGAUUCUAUCUAUAACAUGAGCCAGGUCAAACAAAUUCCUGAGUUACCACCCUUGCCUCCUUUGGCUGCAGCAAAGCCCUCUGAACUGUACGAGUUAAUCCAAAAGAGCAGCUAUUACCCCACUUUGAUGCAGAGAGCAUCCUGGACGUUGGCGGCCCCCUUUAAAGAGCAGCGUUAUUUCAGAAGCCCGAGCAAUUCCAUUGCCAACAACUACACGCUUACUGCGCGAGACCUGAAGAUGAAAGAUCUACAGAAGAUAGUCUCACCCAUACGGGCAAAGAAGACUCCCGCGUCUGCAAAACAGAAAGCUGAAUCUCCACUUCCUAAAGAAUAUACUCCUUCCGAGAAAAGGGCAAAACAUUCACCAAGAAGUGUUGGCAGUGACUCUGACAGAGGUGCAGAAACAUCCCAGGUAUGCAGUCUGGAAUCAUUAGCAGCAGUCAAGCAAAUCCCAAAAUUAGAAGUUCCUUGUUAUUCUGACAGUGAGCCUCUGACUCCAGAAGAACAGUUUAUUGUAAUGCAUUAUCAUGAAGAGGAGAUCAGCAAACAAGAAAUGCUGCCCACAGAUAAUGAUCUGGAGCGCUACUGUUACUACAUUCAUAAGGGCAUCCGGAAAGACAUGCUGACACCACAGAAAGAAGAAGUGAUGGACAGUAUUUUAAACCAUAUCCCGAGUCAUUUUCUCAUCAACCCAAAUUUGGAGGCAUUGUUGAACAGCUUAAAAGAAGAGAUUCAAAAUGAUUAUCAGAUUUGGCUCAUGAAAGACAUUGUUGAUUACAUCUUGAUGGAUCCAGAUGAAAGAAAGAGACUCUUUAUACACAGCAUCCCCCAGCCUUUCCCCCAGAGAGUGAUCCGUGCACCUGUCCCGUGGCACAAGAUGUACCAAGAAGUGAGAAUCUGGAAUGAACGGCACCUUUUCACGGUGAAUCCCAUGAUGCUUGCUUUGCAACAGCUCUGGUUCGCAGAGUUUUGCAAACUGAGGUUCGUUCGUACCAAUGAUAUACUUGCUGGUGAGUUGCCGCUACUGCCCAAUGAGUUUGAGGAACUGAUCCGAAAACACUGUCAGGAAGCUCAUGAUAUUCUUCAAAACAGGUGGAUUCCCACAUGUGCAGACCUCUUUAUUGCUCAGAAGGAAAACUGGCUUCAUCUUGCUCCCCAAAAUGACUUGGACUCUUCCCAGCAAAUAGAAGAAUAUUUUGCUUCAAUUGCCAUCCUCAUGUCGCUACAGCUGCGGGAGAUGGUCAUUAACUCAUUAGAAGACCUAGUUUCUUUUUUUAAGAUACACAAGGAUGGAAACGACUUUGGAGAAACUUAUCAUGAAAUGCAGUUCUUUGUACCACAAAUACUGGUCAUCAAGCUAGAUGUGAAAGAUCCUUCAAUUGUAUUUGACCCAGACAUGAAAGCUUGCUGGGAUUUAAUCUACCGCUGCUUCCUAGAGAUCCUAAAUAAUGCUGAGGGACUUCCAAAGGUACAAGUUAAGCUUUUCCCAGAAUUAAAAGGGGAUGACCUAAUUCUUCGUACUGUCCAAGAAGAUGAAGCUUUAGUUUCAGAAUAUGUGAAUAAAGCUGCUGAAAUAUUUGAUUGCAAUUUAGUUGGUCCACAGAAAUACUUAAGCGUGUACAGGAAAUACAGUGAUUUGUUGAAUAACAACGCAGCAAAAGGUGUGACAGAAUUUUUAAGCCAAAGACAUGACCUGGAUGAUUUUGUGGAGAAGAUUGAUGGCUUGACAAAACUGAAGAAAGAAAUUGCUUCCAUGCACGUCACAGUUCCCCUGGGCAUGUUCUGCCUGGACGCAUCAAAACUGAAUGAGGAGCUUUGCAAUCGGACUCAACAGCUGAAAGACAGACUGAUAGAGUUUGAAGUCAAUGAAAACAGGGAAGUAAACCAGAGCAUUUGUAACCAGUACAAUGUAAUUGCAGACAAAGUCAGUGAGGUGCCUUUGACCACCGAAGAGCUCGUUGAGCUCACGGCCUACUUGAAAAAAGCCAGUGAAGUGACUGUUUUUAAGCUGCGUCGUGAAAUUAAGGAGGCUAUCUACAGACUCGAAUUUCUGAUGGAUUAUGCUGACCUCCCUUAUGAUGAUAUAAAAUUAAACAGUACUGUUCUUCACUGGCCUGAUGAAAUUGAGGUCAUCUUUGAAACCAGCAGGACCCAGCUGAUGAACAGAAGAGAUCAUGUGGAACUUGCUCUCAUCAAGAGGUGUUCCGAAUUUGAGGCUGUGCUUGAAAGUUAUAACAAAGAAGUUGAAAGCUUCCGAAAGAAAGACGUCAUGACCAUGGAAGAAAUGAAGAAUAAUGUUGAAAAAUUUAAUGAGUUAUCAAAGAAUCUGGACUAUGCCCUAGCUGAAUAUGAAGCUAUUAAUAAAGAAGAGGAGCUGCUUGAACGAGAAAAAAGCCAGUUUCCUCUUCUGCAGACAAUCAUCACGCACAAACAGCCCUUUGAGCAGCUCUGGAUGACUGCUUAUAAUUUUCAUACAAAGUCUGAGGAAUGGAUGAACGGGCCACUCAUCCGUAUGAAUGCUGAAGAGAUUAGUGAGGAGGUCUCUGCCAUGUGGAGGACCAUGUACAAGCUGACAAAGACUCUGGUGGAUCAGCCAGGACCAAAGCGUUUAGCGGAGAACGUGAAGUUUAAGAUCGACAAAUUCAAGCAGCAUCUGCCAGUCCUGUCUAUUGCCUGUAAUCGUGGGAUGAAGGACAGGCACUGGGAACAGAUCAGUGAUAUAGUUGGAUAUGAGAUAAGACCCGAUGAAACUACUUCUCUCAUGAAUAUGUUAGAAUAUGGACUAUCAAAAUUUAUUGAAAAAAUAGAGCCUAUUGGAGCAGCAGCUAGCAAGGAGUAUUCCUUAGAGAAGAACAUGGAGAAAAUGAAAUCGGAAUGGACCAAUAUCUGCUUCAACUUUGUAAAGUACAGGGACACUGACACCAGCAUUCUGUCCUCCAUCGAUGACAUCCAGCUUUUGCUCGAUGAUCACAUUAUCAAGACUCAGACCAUGUGUGGCUCUCCAUUCAUCAAACCAAUAGAAACAGAAUGUCGGAGGUGGGAAGAGAAGCUUGUCCUGAUGCAGGAAAUUUUAGACGGCUGGUUAAAAUGUCAGGCAACAUGGCUUUACCUGGAACCCAUCUUCAGUUCUGAGGACAUCAUUGCUCAAAUGCCGGAAGAGGGUAGGAAGUUUGGGAUAGUUGACACUUACUGGAAGGAUAUCAUGGCACAGGCGGUGAAAGACACCAGAGUCCUGGUUGCCACUGAACAACCAAAGAUGUUGGACAGGCUGCAGGAAGCAAAUAUGCUUUUAGAAGACAUCCAGAAGGGCUUAAAUACUUACCUGGAAAAGAAGAGAUUGUUUUUUCCGAGAUUCUUCUUCCUUUCUAAUGACGAGUUGUUGGAGAUUUUGUCUGAAACCAAAGAUCCUCUCCGUGUGCAGCCACACUUGAAGAAGUGCUUUGAGGGAAUUGCAAAACUCGAUUUUACUGAUAAUCUGGAGAUUAUAGGCAUGAUCAGUUCCGAGAAAGAAAUUGUUCCUUUUAUUAAGAAAAUCUUCCCAGCACAUGCCAAAGGCAUGGUUGAGAAAUGGCUGUCACAAGUAGAAGAAAUGAUGUUGGGCAGCAUUCGAAAAGUCAUAGAGGACGGCAUCGGAGGGUAUGUUGAGGUUCCCCGGAAUAAGUGGGUGCUGCAGUGGCCUGGACAAAUCGUUAUCUGUGUAUCAUCAAUCUUCUGGACAGAAGAAGUGGCACAAGCCAUACAGGAAAAAACUUUACCUGCAUUUCUGGAUAAAAGCAACAAGCAGAUUGCAGAGAUAGUAGAACUGGUGAGAGGAAAGCUAUCUGGCGGGGCCCGGCUGACCUUGGGGGCCCUCACAGUCAUCGACGUACAUGCACGUGAUGUUGUUGCAAAAUUGGCGGAAGACCACGUUUCUGAUCUGAACGAUUUCCAGUGGAUUUCCCAGCUGAGAUAUUACUGGGAAGAUGGAGAUGUAAUGGUCCGAAUGAUCACAACUGAAGCCAAAUAUGGCUAUGAGUACCUAGGCAAUUCUUUGCGUUUGGUGAUAACUCCACUGACCGACCGAUGCUAUAGGACACUAAUGGGGGCUUUGAAAUUAAAUCUGGGAGGUGCUCCUGAAGGACCCGCAGGGACAGGCAAGACUGAGACAACCAAAGAUCUGGCAAAAGCACUGGCCAAGCAGUGUGUGGUCUUCAAUUGCUCUGACGGUCUUGAUUACAAAGCCAUGGGAAAAUUCUUUAAAGGUCUUGCCCAGGCUGGAGCUUGGGCCUGCUUUGAUGAGUUCAACAGGAUUGAGGUUGAAGUGCUGUCUGUCGUGGCACAGCAGAUCCUUAGUAUUCAGCAGGCCAUUAUCCGGAAGCUCAAAACAUUCCUCUUUGAAGGCACGGAGAUUUCCCUUAAUCCAACCUGUGCUGUAUUCAUUACUAUGAAUCCUGGGUAUGCUGGGCGUGCGGAGCUUCCUGAUAACUUGAAGGCUUUAUUCCGUACAGUCGCCAUGAUGGUCCCAGAUUAUGCUUUGAUUGGUGAAAUUUCUCUUUAUUCCAUGGGAUUUCUUGAUUCCAGAAGUUUGGCCCAGAAAAUUGUUGCUACCUACCGUCUCUGCUCUGAGCAGUUAUCCUCACAACAUCACUAUGACUAUGGGAUGCGUGCAGUGAAAUCGGUCCUGACGGCAGCAGGAAACCUGAAAUUAAAGUACCCAGAUGAAAAUGAAAGCGUGCUGUUGCUUAGGGCUCUGCUGGAUGUUAACUUAGCUAAAUUCUUAGCACAAGAUGUCCCUCUGUUUCAGGGGAUCAUAUCUGAUUUGUUUCCUGGAGUGGUUCUUCCGCAACCGGAUUAUGAGCGCUUCAUCAUGGCACUGAAUGACAAUAUCAAAAAAAUGAAUCUGCAGCCAGUUCCCUGGUUUAUUGGGAAAAUUAUCCAGAUUUACGAAAUGAUGAUGGUUCGACACGGCUAUAUGAUUGUUGGGGACCCAAUGGGAGGCAAAACCAGUGCCUAUAAAGUGCUCGCUGCAGGACUUGGGGAUUUGAGCCAAGACAGUUCAACGGGGGAAUCUGCUGUUGAAUACAGAAUCAUCAAUCCCAAAGCGAUCACCAUGGGGCAGCUAUAUGGAUGCUUUGACCCCGUGAGCCACGAGUGGACGGAUGGUGUCCUUGCAACCACCUUCAGGGAGCAAGCUUGCUCUACAACAGAGGACAGGAAGUGGAUCAUCUUCGAUGGGCCAGUGGAUGCUGUGUGGAUCGAAAACAUGAACACAGUGCUAGAUGAUAACAAGAAGCUGUGCUUAAUGAGUGGUGAAAUCAUUCAGAUGAGUGCACAAAUGAGCUUAAUCUUUGAGCCGGAAGAUCUGGAGCAGGCUUCCCCAGCAACUGUCAGCAGGUGUGGCAUGAUUUACAUGGAACCUCAUCAGUUAGGUUGGAAGCCUCUGAAGGAUUCUUAUAUAAACACAUUGCCUUCCAACUUGCAAGAUGUACACAUAGAAUUGAUUGAUGACUUAUUUAUGUGGCUAAUUCAGCCUUGCUUGGAAUUUAUUCGGCAUCACUGCAAAGUCAUACUUCAGACUUCUCCCAUCCAUCUUAUGCAUACCAUGAUGACACUGUUCAGUUCUUUGCUUGAUGAAAUAAAGCAUACUGGGGAAGAAGAAGGAGCGGAGACCAUGUCCAGCCAACAGAUCACCCUGUGGCUGCAAGGCCUCUUCCUUUUCUCACUAGUCUGGACCAUCGGGAGCACUGUUAAUGCAGAGGGAAGGCGGAAAUUCGACCAUUUUUACCGAAACAUUCUGAUGGGGAUGGACGAUGACCACCCACGGCCCAAAAGCGUGAAGCUGACCAAAAACAAUCUGUUUCCAGAAAGAGGGAGUGUGUAUGACUUUUAUUUUCAUAAGCAAGCUGGCGGACAAUGGAACAUGUGGACAGAGUAUAUUACAAAGGAAGAACAGACCAUCACGGCUGGUGCAAAGGUCUCAGAACUCAUCAUUCCCACAAUGGAAACAGCCAGGCAGACUUUCUUCCUAAAAACCUAUGUGGAACAUGAGGUCCCAAUGCUAAUAGUGGGACCCACUGGCACAGGGAAAUCUGCAAUUACCAACAAUUUUCUGAUUCAGCUUCCAAAGGCAAAAUACACCCCCAACUUCAUCAAUUUCUCUGCCAGAACCUCAGCAAAUCAAACCCAGGAUAUUAUUAUGUCGAAACUGGACAGGAGAAGGAAAGGCCUUUUUGGACCUGCUGUAGGGAAAACAGCCAUUGUGUUUGUGGAUGAUUUAAAUAUGCCAGCUAAGGAGGUAUAUGGAGCCCAGCCUCCUAUAGAACUCCUUAGACAAUGGAUUGAUCAUGGUCACUGGUAUGACAAGAAAGACACUUCGAGGCUCGAUAUUGUGGACGUACUGUUUGUUUCAGCAAUGGGACCUCCAGGUGGUGGAAGGAAUGAUAUUACAGGGCGUUUCACCCGGCACUUGAACAUUACCUCCAUCAGCGCAUUUGACGAUGAAACACUGACCAAGAUUUUCACUGCCAUUGUUGAUUGGCACUUCAGUAAAGGGUUUGACCCUUCAUUUUUGAGGCUUGGCAAAAUGUUGGUCCACGCUACCAUGAAUAUUUACAAGCUGGCUGUGGAAAACUUCCUCCCAACUCCUUCGAAAUCGCACUAUGUCUUUAACCUGCGCGAUUUCUCCCGGGUGAUCCGAGGCGUGUUGCUGUGUCCACAUACUCACCUGCAGGAUGGAGAGAAAUUGAUCCGGCUUUGGAUUCAUGAAGUUUAUCGUGUCUUCUAUGACCGCUUAAUAGAUGCUGAGGACCGGGAGGUGUUUUUUAACAUGGUGAAAGAAACAACUUCUGACUGCUUCAAGCAGAGUGUUGACAAGGUACUAAGUCAUUUAUCACCCACUGGAAAGAUCAGUGACAACAACAUCCGGAGCCUCUUCUUUGGGGACUUCUUCAAACCGUCCAGUGAUACAAAAAUCUAUGAUGAAAUUACAGACUUAGGGAAGCUGACAUCCGUCAUGGAAUAUUAUCUGGAGGAAUUCAACAACAUCAGCAAGGCACCGAUGUCUCUGGUCAUGUUUAAAUUCGCCAUUGAGCACAUCUCAAGAAUAUGCCGAGUACUGAAGCAGGAUAAUGGGCACUUGUUGCUGGUGGGCAUUGGUGGGAGUGGCCGGCAGAGUGCGACCAAACUGGCCACUUUCAUGAAUGCCUACGAGCUCUUCAUGAUUGAAAUCACAAAGUUCUACUCAACCCAUGAAUGGAGGGAGGACAUAAAGAAAGUCAUGUUGCAGUCGGGAGUGGCCAACAAAAGCACCUCCUUCUUAUUUUGUGAUAACCAGAUAAAGGAUGAAUCCUACGUAGAAGAUAUUAACAUGCUCCUGAACACGGGCGAUGUGCCUAACAUCUUUGCAGCAGACGAGAAGGCCGAGAUUGUUGAAAAAAUGCAGAGUGCAGCACGGACUGAAGGCAGGAGGAUUGAAGCCACCCCGCUGGCUAUGUACAACUAUUUCAUUGAGCGUGUGAGGAAAAAUCUGCAUAUAGUUUUGGCAAUGAGCCCCAUCGGAGAUGCAUUCCGAAAUCGCUUGCGAAUGUUCCCUUCACUGAUAAAUUGCUGCACUAUUGACUGGUUCCAAAGAUGGCCCCAGGAUGCCUUGGAAAUGGUGGCAAACAAAUUCUUAGAGGAUGUGAAGUUGGAAGAGGAAAUCAGAAAAGCGGUUGUAUUUAUGUGCAAAUAUUUCCAAGAAAGUGUGCGAGAACUCUCAGUCAGCUAUUACAAUAUUCUUAGAAGACACAAUUAUGUAACACCAACAUCUUACCUGGAAUUGAUUCUGACCUUUAAGGCGCUGCUAAAUAGCAAAAGGCACGAGGUCGACGUGAUGAGGAAUCGCUAUCUCGUGGGUCUUCAGAAGCUUGAUUUUGCAGCUUCGCAAGUUGCAGUAAUGCAAAAGGAGCUGACAGCUCUUCAGCCUGAAUUAAUUCAAACCUCUGCAGAAACUGAGAAAAUGAUGAUCCACAUUGAAUCAGAAACAGUUGAGGUAGAUGCCAAGAAGGAGCUGGUGGCUGCCGACGAGAAAGAGGCCAACGAAGCUGCUGCUGUUGCGCAGGGUAUUAAGGAAGAAUGCGAGGGAGACCUGGCAGAGGCCAUGCCUGCGCUAGAGGCUGCCCUUGCGGCUCUGGAUACCCUGAAUCCUUCGGAUAUCUCCCUUGUCAAAUCCAUGCAGAAUCCCCCAGGGCCCGUCAAGCUUGUGAUGGAGAGCAUUUGUGUCAUGAAAGGCAUAAAACCGGAAAGAAAGCCUGAUCCAAGUGGAAGUGGUAAAAUGAUAGAAGAUUACUGGGGUAGUUCCAAAAAGCUUCUUGGAGACCUGAAAUUCCUCGAGGGCUUGAAAACGUAUGAUAAAGAUAAUAUUCCACAAGCUGUAAUGAAGAGAAUAAGAGAGAAGUUCAUCAAUCAUCCAGACUUCCAACCAGCUGUCAUAAAGAAUGUGUCAUCUGCCUGCGAAGGCUUGUGCAAGUGGGUGAGGGCGAUGGAAGUGUAUGACCGGGUCGCCAAGGUCGUAGCUCCAAAACGAGAAAGACUCCGGGAGGCAGAAGGCUUGCUCGAUAUACAAAUGCAGAAGCUCAAUACAAAGCGUGCCGAACUCAAGAAUGUGAUGGAUCGCCUCCAAGCGUUGAACGAUGAAUUUGAAAACAUGAAUAACCGGAAGAAAGAACUUGAGAACAAUAUUGAAGUAUGCUCCCAAAAGCUAAUACGGGCCGAAAAACUGAUCAGUGGCUUGGGAGGAGAAAAAGACAGGUGGACAGAGGCAGCCCGCUUGCUAGAAAUCCGAUACAUAGACCUUACGGGAGAUGUUUUGCUCUCUUCGGGCACUGUAGCUUAUCUGGGAGCCUUUACUGUGGAUUACCGCCAAGAAUGUCAGGAGAAAUGGCUUUCUCUGUGCAAGGAGCAGAAGAUUCCCUGCUCCAAUGAUUUCAGCCUAAGUAAUACUUUAGGGGAUCCAGUCAAGAUCCGUGCCUGGCAGAUUGCAGGGCUGCCAAUCGAUUCCUUCUCUAUUGAUAAUGGCAUCAUUGUUUCCAACUCCAGACGAUGGGCUUUGAUGAUUGAUCCGCAAGGACAAGCCAACAAAUGGGUCAAAAACAUGGAAAAGGGCAAUAAGCUUUCUGUCAUCAAGUUGUCUGAUACUAACUAUGUAAGGACGCUGGAAAAUGCCAUCCAGUUUGGAACCCCAGUUUUGCUUGAAAAUAUCGGUGAGGAACUAGAUGCUUUCUUGGAGCCAGUGUUGCUGAAGACCACUUUCAAACAGCAAGGUGUGGAGUACAUGAGGCUAGGAGAAAACAUUAUUGAGUAUUCACAAGAUUUCAGGCUUUACAUCACAACUCGCUUAAGGAAUCCUCAUUAUCUCCCUGAAGUGGCUGUGAAAGUUUGCCUACUCAAUUUCAUGAUUACGCCUCUUGGACUUCAGGACCAGCUUCUGGGGAUUGUAGCUGCAAAGGAAAAACCCGAACUGGAAGAGAAAAAGAACAAGCUGAUUGUUGAAAGCGCAGCUAACAAGAAACAGCUGAAGGAGAUAGAAGAUAAAAUCCUUGAAGUUCUUUCCAAAUCAGAAGGAAAUAUCUUGGAAGAUGAAACAGCUAUCAAAAUUCUUUCUUCCUCCAAAGAACUGUCCGAAGAAAUCUCUGAAAAGCAGGAAAUUGCCAGUAUCACUGAAAUGGAAAUUGAUGCUACUCGAAUGGGAUACAAACCUGUGGCAGUCCAUUCAGCCACCGUCUUCUUCUGCAUUUCUGAUUUGGCAAACAUCGAACCAAUGUAUCAAUAUUCCUUAAUAUGGUUCAUUAACCUUUAUGUCCAGUCACUUGCUAAUAGCAGAAAAAGUGAUGUUCUGGAGGAGAGAAUUUCACAUAUAAUUGACCAUUUCACAGUAAGCAUCUAUAAUAAUGUGUGCAGGUCCUUGUUUGAGAAGGACAAGCUUCUUUUCUCCCUCCUCCUGACAAUAGGGAUAAUGAAAGGGAGAGAUGAGAUAGAUGACGAAGUUUGGCGUUUCUUACUGACAGGAGGAGUUGCUCUUGACAAUCCGUAUCCCAACCCUGCACCAGAGUGGUUGACUGACAAAUCAUGGGCUGAGAUCGUGCGUGCAUCAGGUCUGAAAAACUUGUGUGGGUUGAUGGAUCAUGUUGAAUCCAAUGUCCUAGAAUGGAAAGCCAUUUAUGAUUCUGCAAAACCUCAUGAAGAAGAGUUCCCAGAUGAAUGGAAUCUGGCCACAGGUCUCGAUCGCAUGGUCAUUCUUCGAUGUCUCCGACCAGAUAAAAUCGUUCCAGCGACCCAAGUGUUCAUCACAGAAAAUAUGGGAAGGACCUAUAUUGAACCCCCAACAUUUGAUCUUGCAGGAAGUUACAGUGAUUCUAAUUGCUGUGCACCUCUGAUCUUCGUAUUAUCUCCAGGUGCUGAUCCCAUGGCAGGGCUGCUGAAGUUUGCUGAUGAUCUUGGCAUGGAAAGCAUUCAGACUAUUUCACUCGGGCAAGGACAAGGUCCAAUUGCAGCCAAAAUGAUUAAUCAGGCAAUUGUGGAUGGAACAUGGGUUGUCCUGCAGAACUGCCACCUUGCAACCAGCUGGAUGCCGGCAUUAGAAAAAAUCUGUGAAGAAGUCAUUGUACCUGAGAACACCCAUGUCAAAUUCAGACUGUGGCUAACCAGUUAUCCGUCAGAGAAGUUUCCUGUGAGCAUUCUCCAGAAUGGAAUAAAAAUGACCAAUGAGCCACCUAAAGGAGUGAGAGCAAACCUCCUUCGAUCGUACCUCAACGACCCAAUUUCUGACCCUGUGUUCUUUAACAGUUGUGAAAAGAAAGAAAUUUGGCAGAAGCUGCUGUUUGGCCUUUGCUUUUUUCAUGCUCUUGUACAAGAAAGAAGAAACUUUGGCCCUUUGGGCUGGAACAUUCCGUAUGAAUUCAAUGAAUCUGAUCUUAGAAUCAGUAUGCGGCAGAUCCAAAUGUUUCUGAAUGAAUAUGAAGAAAUCCCAUUUGAAGCCCUAACGUAUCUUACAGGGGAAUGUAACUAUGGCGGGAGAGUAACAGAUGACAAGGACAGGCGUCUCCUCCUCUCGCUUCUUUCCAUUGUGUAUUGCAAAGAUAUAGAAGUACAAGAAUUCUAUAAGCUGUCCCCUGGGGGAGAAUAUUAUAUACCACCCUAUGGAACAUAUCAGUCUUACAUAGAUUACUUGAGAAGUCUGCCAAUUUCGACCCACCCCGAAGUAUUUGGACUCCAUGACAACGCGGAUAUUACUAAGGAUAACCAAGAGACCAACCUGCUUUUCAACGGUGUUUUGUUGACUCUGCCUCGCCAGGCAGGGGGAGGAGGCAAGUCGCCACAGGAAACAGUUGAAGAAUUGGCACAGGACAUCCUCUCCAAGCUGCCGCCAGAUUUUGACCUAGAAACUGUGAUGGAAAAGUAUCCUGUACUUUAUGAAGAGUCCAUGAAUACAGUGCUUAGACAAGAACUUAUCAGGUUCAAUAGGCUUACAGAAGUCGUGCGAAGCAGCCUCAUCAACUUAAGGAAAGCCAUCAAAGGCCUCGUACUGAUGUCUUCAGAGCUCGAUGAUGUUUUCAACAGCAUGUUGGUGGGGAAAGUGCCGAACAUGUGGGCAGCCAAGUCCUACCCAUCGCUGAAGCCACUGGGGAGUUACAUCUCGGACCUACUCAUGCGGCUGGUCUUCUUCCAGGAGUGGAUCAAGCAUGGACCACCAAACGUAUUUUGGAUAUCGGGUUUUUACUUUACACAGUCUUUCUUGACUGGUGUUUCACAGAACUAUGCCAGAAAAUACACCAUCCCAAUAGAUCAUAUUGGAUUUGAAUUUGAGGUAACGAGGCAGGAGCACAAUAUGGAGCGGAUGCCUGAAGACGGGGCCUACGUUAAGGGGCUUUUUUUGGAAGGAGCCCGGUGGGACAGGGAAAUCAUGCAGAUUGGCGACUCUUUCCCCAAGAUCCUGUAUGAUGUCCUGCCUAUCAUUUGGCUGAAGCCUGGAGAGAGUGCCAGGUUCUUGCAUGAAAGGAUCUACUUAUGCCCCGUCUACAAAACCAGUGCCAGGAGAGGCACCUUAUCUACCACAGGCCAUUCCACCAAUUAUGUCCUCUCCAUCGAGCUCCCUUCUGACCUUCCCCAGAAACACUGGAUAAAUCGGGGUGUAGCAGCACUUUGCCAACUGGAUGACUGAACUGUUUACACGAAUGCCAUAAGCCAGCACUUUCCAAUUAAAAGAUUUACUCUUUGGAA